AUGUAUGUGAAUGAACAAAUGGGGAGUGUUGAGGAUGGAGGAGUGAAUGGGCUUAUUGGAAUGCCUCAGGAGUUGCUUCCAAAGAUAUUGAUGCACAUUGGCCUAAAGGAUAUGAAGAGACUGAUGAAGAGCGAUUUGGUUCUUUAUGAGAAGAUGAGGAAAGACAUGGCGUUGUGGAGAUGCUUUUCAUCAACAGAGCAUUUGAGCGUUACAGGAUGCAUUGAGGAUGCAAAAAAUAGAUACACGUUGGUAAGGAACGUGUCUAAGGCGCGUGAUGAACGCAGAGUAGACUUUGGAACAAGUCAAAUGGAUAUUACGCAUAUACAAAUGGGCAUGGGCCGAGUUGUGUGCUCAUCGGAUGACCAGACAAUAAAGAUGUUUGGAACGGACGGAAGAUUGAUCAAGACACUGAUUGGACACAAGGGAGGAGUAUGGACGUUCAUGUUCAACCAGAAGCAUCUUGUGAGUGGUAGCAUUGACAAAACAGCAAGGAUAUGGGACAUGUGGACAGGCCAUACAGUGUGUGUUCUUAUUGGACAUAAGUCUGUUGUCAGGUCAUUGAAGAUCUACGGGAAUUAUAUUGCAACGGGAAGUAGGGAUUCAGAGAUAAGGAUCUGGAACUUCCAGGGACUGUGCCUGAAUGUGCUUAAAGGACACACUAUGAGUGUUAGAUGCAUGGAUAUGAAUGAGAUGUAUCUUGUGAGUGGAUCUUAUGACGGGAGUGUAGCACUAUGGGACUACAGAAAAGGAAGGCUUAUACGCCAUCUCAAGGCACAUGCACUUAGAGUGUAUUCUGUGUGCCUGGAGGGAGAGUAUGUUGCAUCUGGAAGCCUGGACUCUACGGUGAAUGUAUCUAGAAUAGAUGGAAAGUUGGUAUGCAUACAUAAAGCACAUCAAUCGCUAGUUAUAUGGCUAAAGUUUGUUGAGAAUGGUCGAUACCUGCUGAGCUCUGGAGCAGAUGGAAUUCUAUGCAAAUGGGACAUUACAGAGAAUGCUUUAGUGUAUAAAAUUCAAGAAGAUGGACACAUAACAGCACAGGCAGUAAUGGAGGACUUGCUGGUGAUUGGAACAAGGAAGGAGGUCAAGAUAUAUGAUCUUAAGAAUGGAAAUUUUAUAAGAACGCUUUUCUCAACGCCAUCCCUGAUAAGCAAAGUUGAGGUGUUUGAAAGAUGCAUAUGUAUUGGAUAUUACUCUGAGUUUGGGAUGUGUAGGGUUGUUGUAUUUAACUAUUGA